GUGAUUGGCUGUCGGCGUCAGUGCUGCCAAUGCGACGGCGGCGUCACUGGUCGGUACUCGAUUCAUUCAAAUACGUUCAAGAUGGCAGACAUCACGAAAGACGCUCUCCGCAAGGAAAUUGCCGCCAUCCUGAAGGAUGCUGAUCUGGCGACCACCUCGGCCAAGAAAGUGAGGCAGCAGAUCGAGGAAAAGCUGGACUGCGAUUUGUCCGAGCGUCGCAAGGAAAUCGACGAGCUCGUCAUGGAAUGUUUGGAGAAGAAACAGGAGGGAAAGAAGGAGGGCGGCAAGAAGAGGUCAAAGAGCGAUGAGGAGGACGAAAGCGAGGAACAGGAGGAGAGUGAGGAGGAAAGUGAGCAGGAAGAGCGCAAAGAGAAGCGCACGGCCGCCAAGAAACCUCCUCCGAAACGCGCCAAGAAGGCCAGCUCGGACGAGGAGAGCGAGGAGGCCUCGGACGACAACGCCAGCGACGAGGAAUACAGUCCUGGCAAGAAGGCCAAGGGUGGCAAGAAGCCCAAAGCCAAGGGCAAGAAGAAGGGCAGCGACAGCGACGAUGGCAGUGACGAAGACUGGAACAAGAGCAGGCGGGCUGCCGCCAGUGCCAACAAGAAAUCUGGACCCGCUGCCAAGAAAACUGGUGGUGGUGGUGGAUACACCAGGGCUUACACCCUUUCUCCUGAACUGGCCGCAGUCAUGGGAACUGAAAAGAUGGCCCGUCACGAGGUCGUCCGUAAAAUGUGGAGUAUCAUCAAAGAAAAGAAUCUCUAUGACCCGAAGAAUAAGCAGUUUGCCAUCUGCAAUGAUGAGCUUCUCGCUGUUUUUGGUGUGAAGCGUUUCCGCACAUUCGGAAUGAUGAAGUACUUGAAGAACCACUUCCUCGACUAAAUCCCCUCUGACAUAAUCCGCAAAGUAAUUUAGCCAUUACUUUUUAAUCUGUGGCAGCGUUUGUUGUACUCGAUUUGCCGGCGCCAUUUGAAAAUCAUUUAUCUUUUAAGUUGAUUGCGAAAAUUUAGGCUAUCCUGUCAAAUUGGCCCUACAGGUCGGGUCGCCAAUGCAGCGAUUAUAAAACGACAAAAAAGAAUUAAUUAUCAAUGUCAGUACAGCAGUUAGCCAGAUUAUUACAGUAACUUAAUGUGUAAGUUUGAAGUGCAUGGUACUACUUGUCUUGCAAUCAAGAUCCUCUUUCAUUAUUUUAAUUCCUAAAUAGCUGAACUGUCAAAUUUACAGGCAGUGUAAAGUGUUGGUCGGCUUUGAUGGAUUAUUUUUUUGAAUUCAGCUUGUAGAAGAAGUUCCAGGAUGUUUGAUUACCAUUUUAAAUGAUUUUGUCAGUUCCUCUUUUGGCAAUUACUUUUCUUGAGAAGGAAUCAUUAGUGAUGCAAAAAUAUGUAUCUUACGAAUAUUAUUAAUUAUUUUCUUUUGAAUAAAUUGUCUGAAUUCUGUAUUUUAAAAAGUACCAAA